CCCAAAUCCAAAACAAACAUUUUUAGUUUGCGAUUCUCGGAUUCGAUCAGUGAAAUUCGAAUCGAAGCGCCGCCGGAAGAAUCAUCGCCGGUGUGGGAGCGUUUCCCGGAGCGGCGAUGGAGGUCCAUGGCUCCGGAUUCCGUCGAAUUCUGUUGUUGGCGUUGUGUAUCUCCGGGAUCUGGUCCGCCUACAUCUACCAAGGCGUUCUUCAAGAGACUCUGUCCACGAAGAGAUUUGGUCCAGAUGAGAAGAGGUUCGAGCAUCUUGCAUUCUUGAACUUAGCUCAAAGUGUAGUCUGCUUGAUCUGGUCUUAUAUAAUGAUCAAGCUCUGGUCAAAUGCUGGUAACGGUGGAGCACCAUGGUGGACGUAUUGGAGUGCAGGCAUUACUAAUACAAUUGGUCCUGCCAUGGGAAUUGAAGCCUUGAAGUAUAUCAGUUAUCCAGCUCAGGUUUUGGCAAAAUCGUCAAAAAUGAUUCCAGUUAUGCUAAUGGGAACUUUAGUUUACGGAAUAAGAUACACUUUCCCUGAAUACAUGUGCACCUUUCUUGUCGCUGGAGGAGUAUCCAUCUUUGCUCUUCUUAAGACAAGCUCUAAGACAAUUAGCAAGCUAGCACAUCCAAAUGCUCCCCUCGGUUACGCACUUUGUUCCUUAAACCUCGCCUUUGACGGAUUCACAAAUGCCACACAAGACUCCAUUGCCUCAAGGUACCCGAAAACCGAAGCGUGGGACAUAAUGCUGGGAAUGAACUUAUGGGGCACAAUAUACAACAUGAUCUACAUGUUUGGCUUGCCACAAGGGAUAGGAUUCAAAGCAAUUCAGUUCUGUAAGCUACACCCGGAAGCGGCAUGGGACAUUCUAAAGUAUUGUAUAUGCGGUGCCGUGGGACAAAACUUCAUCUUCAUGACAAUAAGUAACUUCGGGUCACUAGCUAACACGACCAUAACCACGACCAGGAAGUUUGUUAGCAUUGUUGUAUCAUCAGUAAUGAGCGGAAAUCCAUUGUCGUUGAAGCAAUGGGGAUGUGUUUCGAUGGUCUUUGGUGGUUUGGCAUAUCAAAUUUAUCUUAAAUGGAAGAAAUUGCAGAGAGUGGAGAAGAAGAAGCAAAAGAGUUGAAGUUUUUCCCUCAUAUCUCUAAAUUACGUAUCAGUUAUUCUUAGUUUAUUUAUGUCACUAGUCAAUACAAAGAAACUCAAACCAGAUUAGUUAACUGUAUAAGUAACAUUACUAAUCACUAAAAUAUAUGAUUUGAAUUUUGUGGAUAAAGAAGUUAUUGGUAUUCAAGUCAGCUCACUAUUGUAGGCUUUUAGCGUAUAAGAGAAAUUUGGGUUGGUGUAAACCGGACCAA